GAAAGCUCAGUGAUAAAGUAGAGGCCGAACCGUUUGGUAAAUAUGUUCGAUUUGGCAGGCAAACACAUCUGCUAUGUGGCCGACUGUGGAGGCAUCUCGCUAGAGGCGUGCAAGGUGCUGAUGAGAAAGAAUAUUGCAAAACUCGCCAUCCUGCACAGUGUGGAGAACCCGCAGGCCAUUGCCCAGCUGCAGUCGAUCAAGCACAGCACCCAGAUCUUCUUCUGGACCUACGAUGUGACGAUGGCGCGCGAGGACAUGAAGCAGUACUUUGACGAGGUCAUGGUGCAAAUGGACUACAUCGAUGUGCUCAUCAAUGGGGCAACGCUCUGCGACGAGCAGGACAUCGAUGCAACGAUCAGCACUAACCUGACCGGAAUGAUGAACACCUGCGCCACGGUGCUGCCUUACAUGGAUAAGCAGCAGAUGGGCAAGGGCGGUAUGAUUGUGAACGUGACCUCAGUGGUUGGACUGGAUCCCUCGCCCGUCUUCUGCGCCUACAGUGCAUCCAAAUUCGGUGUGAUUGGCUUUACCAGAAGUCUAGCGGAUCCCUUGUACUACUCGCAAAAUGGAGUCGCUGUGAUGGCCGUGUGCUGUGGACCCACCAAGCUGUUCGUCGAUCGUAAGCUCACAGCCUUCCUCAGCUAUGGCCAAACAUUCGCCGAUCGCCUGCGCACGGCUCCAUGCCAAUCGCCCACUGUGUGUGCGAAGAACAUCGUCAAGGCGAUCGAGUGUGGCGAGAAUGGCCAGAUUUGGAUAGCCGACAAAGGGGGGCUGGAGUUGGUCAAGCUACAUUGGUAUUGGCAUAUGGCCGACCAGUUGCUCCACUACAUGCARAGGCCCAACGAGGACGAGGACGAGGAUGGAAAUGAUUAACCGCGCAG